UCCACGCUCUCUUUUUCAAGUUUCAUCUCUCUCUGUGUCAAAUCCCUAGCUCCUGCCUCUGUCUUCCUGUCGCCGUAGCCCUGCUUCUCUCAAAUUACUGGCCCUAGACUUGCUUCUUUGUAAAGCCGCCUCUAAUCUGCUUUGAUCUUGUGCGAUUUGAUGGUCGAUGUACUGAUUGUGAUGCAUGCAGUGAUGUUCGGAACUGGGAGGAGGGGUGGUGGUGGUGCCGUUAUGGUGAUUAUUUCUUUUCUUUCUCUCUUUCUUUCAAUCUUAGAUCUGGGUCUCAUCUUUCUAUCUCUUUCAUCUCAGAUUCGAAUCUCAUCUUUCUCUCUCUUUCAUCUCAGAUCCGAAUCUCAUCUCUUCUUUCGGUCUUAGAUUUAGGUUUGUAGUGAUUUGGUGCUAUUUGGUUUCAAUCUCAGAUUUGGAUUUGUGGUAUUUUUGGUGUUAUUUGAUUUCACUAGUUUUGGAUUGUGGUUGUGACUUGUGAGCAGUGUUCUUUAGGUUUGGGUUUUAUUUCUGCUGUGUUGUUCUUCAAACCUGAAAUCACCCGACGACUCCGACCGCUCAACCAUUGCUGAAAUGAAGACACAACAUAAUGAUGUUUGGGGCCUUCCUCUCAUCCUAGAAAAGUUGCGAGAUGCAGAAUGUUCUCUUCUCCGUGAAACAAGAUUCUUCGACUCAAACACACUUCUUCAUGUUGCAGCAAGCUUAGGCCAUGAUCAGAUUGUAGGAGCGAUCCUGUCGAAACAACAGUGCCAAGAACUUUUAACGGCAAAGAAUUCCAGUGGCGACCUUCCUCUUCAUGUAGCUGUGAAUGCUGGGCAUCUGCCUGUAGUUCAACAGUUGCUCAAGUCGUCUGACCAGUGCGAAGAACUUUUAACGGCAAAGAACUCCAGUGGCGACCUUCCUCUUCAUGUAGCUGUGAAUGCUGGGCAUCUGCCUAUAGUUAAACAGUUGCUCAAGUCGUCUUCAUGUAGCUGUAAACUACUAAAGGAGGAAAAUAAAGAGGGGAAAACUCCUCUGCACCUGGCCUUGAUUAAAAAAUGUAUUCGUUCGGAAUACAAGUACAUUGAGGUGGCCAAGCUUUUAAUUGAGACAGGGCGCGAAGCUGAAGAUGGGGAGCUUAUGGAAUUCGAGUCUGGAUUUGAUUACGAAUCUUGGAGAAAGAAACGAGUUCGCAAAUUUCGGAGAUUUGUCCAACAUGCCGCAAUAGACUGUGACGCUGAAAUGAAGAAAUUUUCCAUUAACUCAAGGAAACCUGAGCUGGAGAGAGGUCUCCAGAAGUCAAAAGACAAAGUUACAAGUAUGGAUCCUAUACUGUAUAAGGCUGUAAUGAGUAAGGAUAUUGAUUUCAUCAAAAAAAGUGCUCUAGAUACGGAACAUCCUACUCUCUCGUACAAAACCACCGAAUUAAAUACAAUCCUUCAUCUUGCUGCUGCAAGCUCAGACAAUAAUCAAUUUGUACAAGAAAUCCUAGGUAUCCAACCAUGCCAAGAAUUUGUCACGGAAAAGAACUCCAAUGGCGAUCUUCCUCUUCAUGUAGCUGCAAGUGCUGGGAAUAAGCAAAUAGUGGAACUCUUAGCUGCAAAUGUACCACUAAUAAUGGAGAAAAAUAUGGAGGGGAAUACUCCUUUGCACCUAGCCUUGAUAAAAAAAUUCCAAGUGGGUCCUAAUUUGGCUUUGAAAGCCGAGUACAAUAAGGUGGCCAGGUUCUUGGUUGACAAAUGUCCAGAUGUGUCCUUUUAUCCAAAUAGGGAACGCAAGUCUCCUCUCUAUUUGGCGGCAGAAGGAGGAGAUGAGGAGCUCAUGAGGCACAUGAUAACUACCAAUCGCCUGCCAGAUUGCAAAUCAUUUGUUCACGCUGCCAUUUAUUAUCUCAUGACAACUACCAACCUGCCAUAUGGCAAAUCAAUUGCUCACGCUGCCAUUUAUGGUUCCUUUACUGCGAGAAAACAAGGUCAUCUGGGUGUGAACAUUUUUGGUUCCUAUACAAAUGGGAAAAGAGAUAUCUUAGAUACUGUUUUAGAAAGCCUGCCAAAUUUUAUCCUAGAGGUGUUAAAAGACGAUGAAGGGAUGACUCCUCUUAUGUAUGCAGCAUCAAUCGGUUAUCUUAGAGGUGUUGAAAGCUUACUAGGAACAAGUACAAUACCUUGUGUAUAUGGGGAACAUACGCGCUAUUAUCCCAUUCAUAUAGCAACCUGGAAAGGUCAUAUUAAGGUAGUUGAAAAGUUUCUUCAUGAAUAUCCAGAUAUGAUUGAGUUACUCACUGCCGCGGGUCAAAACAUUUUGCACGUAGCUGCUAUGAAUGGGAAAGCCAAAAUGGUAGCUUAUAUGCUAAAAAGGCAUGAUCUUAAAGUUGAAAUGCUUAUCAAUCAUAAAGACCGAAAUGGAAACACCCCUUUACAUUUGGCCGCCAUGAGAAGGCAUCCUAUGGUUGUUAGCAUUUUGACAUGGGACAAAAGAGUUGAUUUUAAGGCUUUGAAUAAAGAAGGCAAGAGAGCGCUUGACAUUGCAUUGAACUACCGUGGGAGGAAUCCCUCAUUUCGACAGCGAUUGACAUGGGAAGCCUUGAGAUAUGUCAGUGGCCCACAAGCUCCUCCUCGACGCGAUAGUGGGGAGAACACGCAAUGUUCAAAGGUUGGGAUGACUCUAAGCACAGAUCAAUACAAGGAGAGGACUGGGACUCUCUUAUUGGUCGCAACCCUUGUAUCCACUGUAACUUUUGCUGCGGCUUUCACCAUGCCAGGUGGCUACAAGGAGUCUGGAGGUAUGGCAAAAUUCCUAGAAAAGCCCAUGUUCCACGUAUUUGUAAUUAGCAACUUCAUAGCUAUGUAUAGUGCCAUUACCGCUGUUGUUACUCUCCUUUGGGCCCAUUUAGAUGAUUUGAACCUGUUCAUUGCUGCCUAUAAGUUCAGCGUGCCAAUUUUGGGACUAGCUAUAACAAUGGUCUCCUUAGCAUUCAUGGCAGGUAAUUACCUAGUAUUGAGAGACCACAAUUGGCUUGCCUAUCUAGUUUUGAGCAUUGGCUCAUUUUUCCUCUUCACUCUCUCGAUCAUAUUUUUUCCACUUUGUUUACCAAAUUCCUCACCCCAUCCUGUCAUUCGAUACAUCCUCCGCUAUCAAUUUCGCCUUCUGAUUAAAUUUGCUGGGUGUGAGUCGUGUGACACUGAUGAUUUCGAUGAAUGGUGUGACACUGAUGAUAGCGAAGAAGCGUAGUCUCCUCUACAUAUGUUGUCUUGAUACGGACCUUGCAUUGGUCAUGCAUGCAGAGAUUGAGAACAUUAAUUUAUGUUAAGUUGGUCGUUAGUUUAGUCUGUCAAAAUUUGCAGAAACUCUUCAAAUAAAGAUGUUCAAAUAUCAUGUCUAAGGAGGUUGGGUUUCCUCGAAAAGCCCAGUAUUGUAUUUUUCUUGAAAUUCUGUUGUUGCUCUUAUAUACAACUAUAGCGUAUUUAGUCUGCCA